AUGGUGGGACGAGACCAAACGAUGGCCUCCAGUCCGCACGGGUCGAAGACGGCCGGAACAAACAGUCGACCGACCAGCAAAGAUGGCUCCAAGAAGAACAUUUGGUCCUCGCUAUUAGACAGUGUUGCUAACGGAAAGCGCUUGCCUGAGAAGAACUUGCUAGUGCUAGGCGGAACACCGGAAAGCCAACGGGAAUUUUUAGAGUCUUUCUCUGCAGACCUCUCUGAUGGUUCUGGUUUAGUGAACGAGAAGCGCAAAGCCAAAGGGAAAACACCACCCAUUGCCAAUCAGUUUGCGCUUGGUUACACAUAUCGAGAUGUCCUCGAUGCCGAUCAAGAAGAUACCCUGGCACGCGUCUCAGCUUAUCUCCUGUCCGAACCCUCGCUAUCAUUCGCACCCCUCCUCAAACCACUUCUGACCCCACAGUCCGUGCCGGAAACGCUGGUUGUGAUUCUGAUGGACUGGUCUGACCCGUGGACAUGGAUCCGGAGACUCAGAGAAUGGGUUCGCCUUUUACGCACAGUGCUUGUUUCGCUCGACGAUGAGACCAAGAUCGUCAUGGAAGAGACAAUGACGGAGUGGCGCGAUCGCAAAAGGGGACUAGACGCCAACUCAGCGGCUGCAGGCGGCUUGUCAACUUCGGGUGGUCAGGUCACGAUACCCCUCGGACCUGGUGAAUGGGACGAGGGCCUUGGUGUCCCAAUGUGUGUUGUCUGCCAAGGGGCGGACAAGAUCGAGAAAUUGGAGAAGGAACAUGGAUGGCAUGAAGAGCAGUUCGACUUCAUUCUUCAGUUCCUCCGAACUAUUCUCCUGAAGCACGGCGCAUCGCUAAUCUACACCACCCCAUUUCUCGCCAAUUCUCUUCAGAGUCUGAUCCACUCUUCACUGGGAAUACACUCUCUUCUGAAGAGGCAAUCAUUAAAACAUAAUGUGAUCGACCGCGACAAGAUCCUGGUACCAGCUAACUGGGACUCAUGGGGUAAGAUUCGAAUUAUCCGGGAAGGGUUCGAUAUGGAAGGAGUGUCAACAGCAUGGUCAAUCGAGAUCCAAGACCCCCCUGAGCCAAUUGAUCAACCCCCAGAGAACGAUAACGGCCCUGGAGAAGACGGCACAAGUGCCGUAAGAGUCUUCGAACAAACAAUCAAUGACCCCAAACGAGACAACACCAUCGCCCACCCCAACAGCAACAGCAACGGCACCAAGAUCGAAAUCGAAACCUCUGACAUCCAAGCCUUCCUCUCAAGCCAAGUGGAAAUCCUGGAGAAGCUCAAAGCCGAAGACGAAAAGGACCGUGCAAACCAAGCAACCCCCCAACUGGAAAUGUCCCCAAUGGACGACGAAGGCAAAGUCAACGAGCACAUCGGUCCUGUACAGUUCAACAUGGGCGGAAUCCAAGUUGACGCCGAUGACAUGCUGAAGAAACUUCGGGAUCGCGAAGCCAGUCGGACCCAGAAGAAGGAAAGCCCCGUGCCCAACACCGGUGACGAGAAAGCUCACAACCAAGCCCUGGCUAACUUCUUUGCUGGCCUUGUCAAGAAAGGCGGCGCCAGUCCCCGUGGAAGUCCUUCUGCUUGA